AUGACUCCACAAAUGAAAGACAAACUGAGCCAUGUAUUCGAGAAGAACUUUGAUUUUCUCCAUCUGAAACGUAGUACUGGGGAAGCAACUGCAAAUAAAAUUGUAGAGGUUUUAACAGAGAACAAUAUUCCAGCUGACAAAAUGAGGGGCCAGGCGUACGAUGGGGCAGCAGCUAUGUCGUCAGAAAAAACAGUCAAACCUCUUGCAUCAAAACUUCAGAAACGUGAUUUGAACGUGCAUGAAGCCCGUACACUGAUUACUGAUCGUAUUGAGAGGGUGAAAGAGAUGAGAGGAGUAGAUGUUGAGUUUGAAACGUGGUAUGAAGAUUGCAAAAGAAUCGCAAACCAGCUUGAAAUAGAAGAGAAGUUCCCGAGAACAUGUCAUAGGCAAACACAGAGAACAAAUAUUGGUAGUUCCUGUCCGCAACAAUAUUACAAAGCUACCGUAGCUGUUCCAUUUCUGGAUCAUUUAUCAACUGAGCUCAAUGACAGAUUUCACAAAGAUGACCGUGUUGCAUAUGCAUUUAGUUAUUUGGUUCCUAAGCAAAUGUUUACCCUGUCAGAUUCUGAAAUACAAAAACUUUCUUCUGAAUUUUUCUUCUGGGAUUCAGAUUUGCGAUGUUCAUCUUCACAAGAUCUACAAGGGCAUUUGUUUGAGUGGAAGAGUUCUUGUGGGAAACUCGAUGAAAAGGGCAUCACAGCGGACAAUCUUUUAGAUACCUACAAAAUUGCAGACGGGGACAUCUUUCCAGACAUCAAAACACUUCUUCACAUUGGUUGCACCUUACCUGUCACCUCUUGUGAAGCCGAACGCUCAUUUUCUGGGCUUCGCCACAUUAAAAGCUAUAUGCGCAGUACAAUGAAUGAGGAUAGAUUAUCAUCACUAGCCCUCAUGCACUUACACCAUGCACGAACAAUCAAUGCAGGUGCAAUCUGCCAAAGAUUUGUGAUGCAAAACAAAAGACGAAUGUUCAAGUCAAGCAUCUUGUACAAUUAG